UCUGUACCGUUGGCUAGCUCUAAUUUCUCUCUUCUGAAAAUCUCUCACUCAGCGAUCUUUUUUUUUCUUUCCUCUCCGACGUUCCGAAUCCACUCCAAAUUAUAAAUUUCGACACGUCACUCCUCCCUAUCUUCCACGCGCCUUCCCUCCUCAGUUUCUUCUCCUUUUGAUUUUUCACUGGGAUCUACCAUUAUGUAAUGAGAAGAGCCUCAACGUCAUGGGAGGAGUCACCUCGACGAUUGCGGCCAAGUUCGCUUUCUUCCCGCCCAAUCCACCGUCGUACGGAGUGGAAACCGACAACUCUUGCGGAGGUCGUCUCUAUAUUCCAGAAGUUCCCAGACGAGACGACGUCGACGUUUUGAAGCUUCGAACUCGCCGUGGAAAUGACAUCGUCGCUGUUCAUAUUAAGCAUCCGAAAUCGACGGCUACACUUUUGUAUUCUCAUGGAAAUGCAGCGGAUUUGGGCCAGAUGUUUGAGCUUUUUGUUGAAAUAUGCAAUCGACUUCGCGUCAAUCUCAUGGGGUAUGAUUACUCCGGCUAUGGACAGUCGACUGGGAAGCCAACCGAAUGUAAUACAUAUGCAGACAUAGAUGCAGCCUAUAAAUGCCUCAAAGAGCAGUAUGGCGUUAAAGACGAACAAUUAAUAUUAUAUGGUCAAUCUGUUGGAAGUGGACCUACCGUUGAUCUUGCUUCACGCUUGCCAAACUUGAGAGGUGUGGUUUUGCAUAGCCCAAUUUUGUCUGGUAUGAGGGUGUUGUACCCUGUCAAGCGGACAUAUUGGUUUGACAUUUACAAGAAUAUCGACAAAAUUGGCUUGGUCAAUUGUCCUGUUUUGGUUAUUCAUGGCACUGCAGAUGAAGUUGUUGAUUGCUCCCAUGGGAAACAGCUUUGGGAACUUUCAAAGGAGAAGUACGAUCCUUUAUGGAUAAGUGGAGGAGGGCAUUGCAAUCUUGAGCUUUAUCCAGAAUUCAUCAGGCAUCUAAAGAAAUUUGUUUUGUCACUAGGCAAAUCAAAAACAGCAACUAGUGCAUCUAAAACAACAACAGCUGAACCUGACAAUCAGAGCAAACCGUCCGAAGGUGGUUCUUCGAAUACUUCUGAAUUGGGUGCUGACCUUCUAGAGGUUUCUCGAAACAGUUUAGAUAGUCGGCUUGAGAAAUCUAAAAAAUCAAAUGAGCCUGAAAAGUCUCGGAUGAGCACUGACCAGGUUGAUAGAAUUUGGAGAAAAAAGGGCUUAGUAUGGUAAAUACUUACACGGAGAGUGUCUUCAAUAAGUUAUGUGCAUCUAUCCAAUUGAGUAGGUAAUUUAGUUUUUGGUCCAGCACUUGUAAUUUGCAUGAAUCCAGCAUAAAAUGUGAGAUUUGGGUGUGAUUCUUCUCCGAAAUAUUGUAAUUUUCCUGUAUGUAUGAGUCAGAUUAAGGGAAAUCUUGCAUUCUAUAUCUUCUGUAAAAACAACAGCUUCAUUUGAUAAAAAACGGUAGUAAUUUUCAGAUUU